AUGGAAGACCCUCGGUACUCAGCCAUUCGGGCUCCCGGGCACGAACACAUCCCCCUCUAUCCUCGGGGCUUCAUCGCAGUAAGGAUUAUUCAGCUGAUCCUUGCUGUCCUGAUCCUCGGCCUGUCCGCCUUCGCCGUCUGGUACCUACCUUAUGAUGGAAACGCCUUUAUGCUCGCUAUUGCCGUGAUGGCCAUCAUCGCCGGCAUCUACCAUCUCGUGGCCAAGUACGGCGCGCCCUACGUUUACAACUACUGGGCUGUUCUCGGCCUCGAUAUCUUCUUUAUUAUCAUGUGGCUUUGCGCGUUUGCCCUGCAAGCCUCCCGCGUUGCGCGCUACUUCACCUCGACUGCCUCUUCCUAUUAUGACUACUAUGAUUAUGGUGAUUAUAGCGAUUACUAUUAUGUCAAACGCAACACCUAUGCUUACCCGAUCGCGUGGCUUGCCUGUCAGGCAGCUGCGGCUGCUUUCGGCGGCUUCUCCUUCGUCCUCCACAUAGUCGCUUUGAUCAUCCACUCGAUCCGCUUGCACCGUCACCGCCGCGCGGGCCUGCACUGUAUGCCCGGCAUGCCGCGGACCAUGCCUUCCGGCGGCGGCAACACCACUGCGGCCGCUAUCCCCAUGGGCCCGUACGCCCCUGCUGAGAAGGCCGCCGACCCUGUGCCGGUCUACCCGCACCACCAGCCCGCCCAGCCGUAUCAGCAGCAGCAGCAGGGAGGCUACCCGGCCCAGAACGGCUUCUACCCGCCGCACCCCUCGCAGAGCCCCCCGCCGCAGCUCGUUGCCCAGCCCACCGGCGGCAGCUUCGCCACGAGCCACACGGGCGGCAUGCAGUCCCCCAUGCAUGCCCCUGUGCCUAUGCCGGCCAACCAUCAUCAGCUGCCCGCGAAUUAG